UCCCGCACGCAAAAAGCGCCGGCGCCAGAUUACGAACCGCCGCACCUACCCGUGCUACUAGAAAGCACCGCUAGAGAUUCCGAUGUCGAAAGUCCAAUAAUGGAACGGGACACACAGCUUAGCCAGCCGAAGCCUCCCUAUUCUAGGCAGGAGGAUUUCGGACCUCAAGAAGGGUCAACCUCUGGGCCCAUGGGUAAAUCAAGCGAGAUGGGUAGAUUGCAGCAUACGAAAGGGCCCCUCGAAGGGAAUAAGGCGCUCAAUGCCGACGGGGAUUCACUGAAAUCGCCAAGUCCACUGCCCUCGGCACAAGAUUACUUGAGUCCUGGCCGUGCUUCUCCCCGGGUUCUCCCCCCUGUAGAAGAAGAGACACACGAAGAACUAGAAAAAGAUGGGCGAAAUCAUGAUCACGAUACUUUUGCGGAGACGAACAGAGACAGCGGGGUUAUCACGGGCUCACCCGACCCUAUGCGGCGUAGUCUAGCAGAGGAGCCAAGCCAACGCGACAGCGGCAUACAUCUCCGAGACGUAGCAGAGAGCAUGGCCGAGAAACAAGAAGAACGCCAAGAUAAGGAAGGCAUGGCAAUCCGCACUCCUCAGCCUCACGACAGGCGAUUGCAGAAGCCGGGACUGGGAAGCGAGAUGCCCAGCCUAGGUACACCAACCAGUAGCAGCCGAGAAGAGGAAAGGCAGAAUACAAUAGAUCCUAGGAAGACGCGAUCGCAGAAAGAACAGGAAAUAGGACACAGAAGCAUUUCGGAGAGCGUAAGCCGGAGGUCGACGCCGCUGGCGGAGAGGCAGCUCAGACGAACGGUGUCCAACACGAGCAUUUCGCGGCAACGGACGCCGGAACCCCUGUCGAUGAAAUUUCGGCCUGAAAGUCCAGGCAUCCGGUCAGGCAUCAACGCUCCACCGCUAAGACGCGCGGACAGGCGAAUGAGCGGUGACCUUCGCUCCCUCUCCUCCAACCUCCCCAAUAACAACAAUGCGUUGAGCGAGAGAGAAAUUCUCCCGCACCAGACCACAGCACCAGUGGCUAACGAAGGCCGUGUCCGAGCCAAGGACAUGACCGACGUAUAUGUAAGUGAUCAUUGAGAGGACUCAUCGCCGCGCAUCGUGCAUCAUCUGGGUCUCCGUCGUCUCCGUCUUGUCCCCAUCACUGGCCCCAUCCGGCCCCAUCCCCAUCGUCAUCCACGAUGGCUACGGCGAGGGCCGCAUGGGCUCGCCACGGUCCCCAACCCGACCCCAGAGCAUGCGUCGCCG